ACUGAAAUUUAAUCGGCACUUCUCUUCUCCCUUUCUAUUCCCUAAUUCAAUUCUAAAACCCUAAACCCUAGCACAGAGUUUACUUCCUCAUUUCAUUCUCUCCUCCGUCGGCAACCACACAUAUCCACCAGCGAUGGCGCUGUAUACUUCCCGUCUCCGGCGAGCUCUCCCUCUUUCUUCUUCAAUUUUUGCUCAAACUUUCCAUCAACCAAAUCUCAUUUCUCCAAUUGCAUCACUCUCCCAAUGUACGUCUACCCAAAGCAAUUUGUCUAAGCUUAACCGUUUCGAUUUUCCGUCCCAAUGGAGACUAUUUAGGUCUUCUACAAUAUCGCUGUCCUCGAGGUCUCGAUCAUUUGACCGAAAUCCAGCUGACGAUGAAAUAGGUCCCGACACAAUCCUCUUCGAAGGAUGCGAUUAUGAGCAUUGGCUGAUUGUGAUUGAUUUUCCUAAAGAUACUCAGCUUACGAGGGAAGAGAUGAUUGAGACUUAUGUGCAGACUGCUGCUAAGGUCUUCGGGAGUGUGGAAGAGGCUAAGAAAAAGAUUUAUGCCUUAAGCACAACAACUUACCGAGGUUUUCAGGUCUUGUGUUCAGAGGACACAUCGAAGAAGUUUGAAGGUCUCCCAGGAGUUGUGUUUGUACUGCCUGAUUCCUAUAUUGAUCCAGUAAACAAGGAAUAUGGAGGUGACAAGUAUAAUAACGGAGAAAUCAUUGAGAGACCACCUCCUCCACAGUUUCAAAGACAAGGUAGCAGGCCUCGAAGAGGCCCACAGUAUCAACAAGGCAAUUAUCGCCCUCCUCAGCAGAACUAUGGGCCAGCACAGGGUCAUCCACCACAGCAGAAUUAUGGUGCAGCACAGGGUCCUCCACCACAGCAGAAUUAUAACGCGCCACAGGGUCCUCCACCCCAGCAGAACUAUGGCCCACCAAGGUAUCCUCCACCGCAACAGAACUAUGGCUCACGACAGUAUGCUCCGCCACCUCAACAGAACUACAGACAACCACAGGAUCUUUCUCCACAGCAGAAUUAUGAGCGGCCACAGAAUCCUCAGCCAAACCAGAGUUACGGUGUACCUCAGAGUGUUCCUUCUCAGUGGAAUCAUGGCCUUCAGCCAAAAUUUGUACCUCAACAGAUCUAUGGGCCUCAAGGGGCUGGGGAUCAUAGGGGUCCUGCACCUCCUGAUAGCAACCUAGAUGCGUGGGAUAAUUCCCAGGUUGGAUGGGGUGAUUCAAUACGUUCACCUUUUCCUCGAAGAGACCAGAGAGGUGGUGCACCUCCAGAGCAAGGAGGCUUUGGAGGAGUUCAACAUUAUGGGUCUCAACAAGGUGGAAGUUCUGAACAACAAACCUUUGGAGAUCAACCACUGAGAUAUGGGCCCCAGUUUGGGCAGAACAAUCCAAGGCCAGGAGGAAAUCAGAAUUUCCCACCGAUAGAGCAGCAGGGCAACAUGCAAGGGGGGGAGCAGAGGACUUAUGCAUCUAGUGGUACAAUGGGAACAGAUCAAGAGAGAUACUAAAGAUAUGGUGCAGUAUCAUGACGUACUGAGAAAGGAUUGUUAAUUAGCUUUUGACUAGCUAAAGGUGAUGGUUCUUGUCUGAAUAAUUGAGAAAUGAUCAUGAUCACAUCCUCUAGUCUCAACAAUUACCAAGAAACUUGGGCUGAAGAAUGUUGUGGUAAAUAGUUUUCCAAUGUCUUAAUAUGGUUAUGGAAAUGGUGUUUUGUGAAUGAUAACAUGGAGAGACUUAGGUGUAAAACAAGCCUCUUGUAUCUGUUUCUUUUUGUGCAAGGAAGAAGGUUUCUAAUGCAUUUGCUUAAUUAUUUGUUGUCUUA